AUGAAAAUGGGAGGUGCUAUUAUUGUUAUGGUGGUGGUGGUGGUGGUGACAGCUAUGAAUAUGACCAUGGAUGUGGUAGCAGCAGCUGAGGUGAACCAUGUUGUAGGAGGAGAUCAUGGUUGGGAUCCCACCUCCGACAUCCUAUAUUGGUCUUCCGACAGAAUCUUCAGGGUCGGAGACCAAAUCUGGUUUACAUACUCUGCAGCGCAGGGAUUAAUUGCGGAGCUGAAAAGCAGAGAAGAAUACGAAUCGUGUAACAUGAGUAACCCUAUCAUGAUGUACACGGAAGGUUUGCAUACAGUGCCACUUGACAAGGAAGGAAUGAGAUACUUUGUGAGUACUGAUUCUCAAAACUGUAAGAAUGGGCUUAAGCUUCAUGUUGAGGUUCAGCCCAAGGAUUCGGGCUCACGGGCCUUGCCUGUCGCUCAAACUGUUGUUGCUCAUGGGCCUGCUGCUCCUUCAAGUUCGGCCCGUUAUGGUUAUAAUGUGAUUCUUUCACUAUUGUUAUGUGUUAUUGUAGUAGUUGCUUAUUGA